CCUUUGUUGUUCCAAAACCGGUAGCCAUUAAAGUAGCAAUUUUGCUUAGAAAGCAGCAAUAUAAAGGAUGAGAACCGAUUCAAGGCAAAGGCAGAGAAACAAAGACAGACCAAUUUCUUCACAAGAAAUGGCCGCUGUUGACAACAAAGAGCUCUUGGGUUGGUACGUAAUCACUCUCCAGCUCCGAGAAACUGUGGAAUCUCGACUCCCCAAGGAAUCAACCUAUGGGGGCAACAUCGUCCCCGACUAUGAGCCGAGGCCUCCCGAGUCCGAGUGGGUCGUCUCCAUCGAUGAGAAGCUCGACCAAGGUCGCCAGGAAAACUUGCCAGGCUCAUGGGCAAAUCUCUCCAUUUACCGGUUUCCGCACUAUCUCAAGGAUGGCAAUGACAAAGACUGGGUCCCCCAGAUCGUCUCCCUCGGGCCGUACCACCACGGGGCGGAGCACCUCCGCCAUAUGGAGCGGCACAAGUGGCGCUGCCUCCACCGCAUCCUCGAGCGCUCCCAUCAGGCAAUAGGCCGCUAUCUAGACUCGGUGAAGAAGGUCGAGGUCAGAGCUCGUGCCUGCUACGAGGGAAAGAUAUCCAUGAGCUCCGACGAGUUCGUGGAGAUGAUGGUUCUCGACGGGUGCUUCAUGAUCGAGCUGUUCCAGGGAUUCGCCGAGGGGUUCGAGAAACUCGGCUACCCUCGCAAUGACCCCGUCUUCUCAAUGCGGCGAUCGAUGCUUGAGAUCCAGCGGGACAUGAUCCUGCUCGAGAAUCAGAUCCCUCUCUUCGUACUCGACCGACUGCUCGGCCUCCAGCUCGGCGGCCCCAACCAGAAGGGGCGCGUGGCCAAGCUGGCGAUCCCGUUCUUCGACCCUUUGCUGCCGAAGAAAUUCUUCGAUCCUCCGCUGCCGGAGAGAUUCCUUGCCUUGGACAGCAGCAGAAGAUUGCAGUUCGACCCGUUAUGUAACCAUGGCAGGGUCCAUUGCCUCGAAGUGUUCCGGCGGAACCACCUGCUCUUGGACCCGAAGCGGUCCAAGACCAAGAAAUGGUCGCAGAGACGGGGACACCUCACUUGCUGCUUGACCGAGCUCCGGGAAGCCGGGAUCAAGAUCGAGGACAGAUUUCCAAACAGUUGCUGGGACAUCCAGCUCAAGGACGGGAUCCUCCGGAUCCCGCAGUUUGAGAUCCACGAAGGGACGAGGUCGCUCUUCCUCAACUUGAUAGCCUUCGAGCAGUCUCAGUUCGAUUGCAGCAAGCACGUCACCUUGUACGUAAUCUUCAUGCACAACUUGAUCAACUCCCCCGAGGACGUCCGGUACCUCCGCCACCGUUUUAUCAUCGACCACUGCCUUGGGAGCGACACCGAGGUCGCUGACCUCUUCAACCGGCUUUGCCAGGGGGUGGCCUUCGACAUCAACGACAGUUAUCUCCGUGAUGUGUCUAGAGAUGUGGACAUCUACAGCCAAUGGAAACAUUAUUCUGAAGAUAUGUCCUGGAGAGUCAGUCUCGUGAAAAAGUGGAAUUCUUGGAGAGCCAUUCUCAAGAACAAGUACUUCGACAAUCCCUGGUCAAUCAUUUCCUUCAUUGCUGCCUUCGUUUUGCUCGUGCUUACUUUCAUACAGUCCCUCUAUGCCGUCUAUGGCUAUUACAGGUCGCGUUCUUGAUUCCUCAUGUAGUAGUGGAGAUUAUCUGAUACGUAAAUGUCGAAGUGGAUUAAUUAAAUUAAAUUAUGUGAGGGAAA